GAGGAGGCUCCUCCUCAACAACAGUUCUCGACUUCCGACGAGAAGCUGCCACAUUGAAGAGGAACUAAAAAGGCGACCCGACAACGGGUUUCUGCUCUCCCUCCACUUUCACCGGGGUUGUCACGAGAUUUCAAUGUUCAGCCUUCUCUUUGGUUUCUGUGUUGACUUGAGCCAUACCUAUAUGGCGUGUGUGAGCGGAGAAUUUUGCCAGGCACAGCACCUCACCUCUGUGGAGAAGUGAAUCGGCCGCCCCCCGAGGGACUACGCUACCCAGAAACCCCCCUGACGGCCAGCACACUAGGAACUGUAGACUCUUCUGAAGGCCCCCCACCCUGGGAUAUUGCGUAGUCCUUGGCCCGACCGCCCUGCCCUGUCCCAACCAAUACGAAAAAUCUUUGCUCUCUUCUUUCUCCUUGAACAGCCAAUCACAAACAGCUCUCCUGAAUGGGCCGUCUCGCCAACAUGAACCGCCCCGCUGCAGUCGAGAUUGCCUACGAGUGCAUGAGGUUCCUCAUCACCCACAACCCCACCAAUGCCACACUUAACAAGUUCACAGAGGAGCUGAAAAAGUUUGAGGUGAACACAUUGGUGAGAGUUUGUGAUUCCACCUACGAUAAGGCUCCAGUAGAGAAGGAGGGGAUACAGGUCCUGGACUGGCCCUUCGAUGAUGGCGCCCCUCCUCCCACUCAGAUCGUUGACGACUGGCUCAAGCUGCUCAACACCAAGUUUCGAGAGGAGCCAGGCUGCUGUAUCGCUGUGCACUGUGUGGCAGGGCUUGGCAGAGCUCCAGUCUUGGUGGCCUUAGCCCUCAUUGAGUGUGGGAUGAAGUAUGAAGAUGCUGUGCAGUUCAUAAGGCAGAAGAGACGUGGAGCCUUCAACUCCAAACAGCUUCUUUACCUCGAGAAAUACAGACCCAAAAUGCGUCUGCGGUUCAAAGAUACCAACGGCCACAACUGCUGUGUGCAGUAGGCUGCCUAUCAGUGCAUCUUUCUUAUGUGCAUCAAGUGGGGAAUCUUCCAACAAGGGAAGAAGAAAAAAAACAUGAAGAGAGUGCUAUCAGUAAUUAUUGUAAUGAUUUGUUAACACUGAGUCAUGGUUAAUUGAUCGGAGAGCAAGCGAUUGAUGGAAUUAAUGAAUCCAGGUCUGGGGAUCCACCAGCUGGACCAAUGAAUGGAAGGUCAAAGCACACAGAUAGGCCCGCCUCCCGGUUACACUGUACAACCACGGGCCAGAUUUUAUUUUUGUUUCUACUGGAGUCCAUUCUGAGUUUUGUUUUAGUUUUUUCAGUUGUAAUCAUGGGAUAACAUUUUCCAUUUUCUGAUUUAUUUUUUAUUUUAAACAAACAGUGGUGAUGUUAUGUUAAAUUAUAUCCUGAUUUUUAUUUCCACUAAUAAAUGAUAUGAUUAGGCCACAACGUACCACGUACCUUUUCAAAAACAUUUUAAACUCGAAUACAAAUUGUGAUUGUUCAUUUUGGUAUUGGGUGGGUUUUUUGGGGGGGGGUUGCACAAAAUCUCAAAGGUUCACCAGAAAACGCAGUAAUGUUUUCCUUUAACCCUUCACUUGCUUAAAGUCACUUUCAGUUUAGUUUGAAUAUGUCUGAAAUAUUUAUUCACAAGAUACGCUAAGUGUGGCAGUUAUGAGUUUGGCAGGGGUAAGGAAACUUUGUCAUCCAAUAGUUUUUUGUAGUUUAUUUUUAAGCCUUGAGAGCCAUGUCUUUUUUUCUUUUCUUUUUUCUCUUUUAUUUUGUUGGAGUGCAAUAAUCGGUCCACGCCAGAUAAGCCGACAAAACCCUUGUGAACAUCCUACACUCAUGCACACUUCAGACACUCAUUCAGGCAGUGUAACAGGACAAAACCAAAUUUAAGUCAGACAAAUGGUACUUCUCUUGCUUUUAUCCAUUCUCUGUCAUGGGGCUACAAUAGGACUUCCCUAAUUAUGCAUAUUAAACUCAUACACAGAGCCUAAGAUCCAAUAACCCUAACCCAAGUUGGAGAAGAAUGAAAAUGGUCAGUUUUUUAUCAUUGUACCCAUUUUGAAGACAAUCCUCAAUUCGUAUUGGUUCUUACAAGAUAAAUAAAUUGAAAUAAAAAGCA